AAUGUUAAUAAAUAAUUUGUAAAUGUGUCGAAUAGUACGUUUUCCGUGUCAUCAAACUUUAUGUGUUCAUCGUCAAAAUUUGUGUUAUUAGAAUGUGCUCCUAUUGUAUAGUCAAACUGAAAUUAACUUUCGUGAAGUAAAUGAGAACAAUCAGAUGCCACUUAGUUCAGAUCAUUUUUCAUCGGAUAUGAGCGACUCCCAGAGUGUUUAUUUUAACGGUGAUGACGACGUAAGCGCUCACGAAGAAAUUGAAACCGAAAACUUGGACAUGGAAAACGUUUGUUUUGAUCUCAGCAACGUUUGUGAGAAUGAAUGUGAAACCGAUAAUUUAUACGGGGAAAGUGAAUGUCAAGACGAUGGCUCAGACGGAGAAUUCUUCCUUGACGACAUGGAUAAUUGGUCAGAUUCAACCGAAGAAAGUGUGUGGAGUGUUUGCUCUUCCGAUGAAGAUUCCGAUUCUGACACCAGCAGCACAUGCUUUUUCCUAUAUGACGACGAAGAUGAUGACAAUUGCAGUGAAAAUGAGAUCUAUUGGAGCGAUUCUGAAUAUGACCAGGACUACGUAUGUGAAUUAACCGGGAAUCGGAAGUCAACUAGGGUCACAUAUUUUCUGAGAUUCGGAAAAUCAACUUGCAUUCGAAAUCGUGCAACUUUAAUGACAUGCGUUUCGCGAAACCAGAAAUGAAAAGAGGCUUCGUCAGUUACCUUCGAUUAAUAUGUAAAAAAUGCAAUUACUUGCAUGUGAUGAAGACAUGUGAACGUCGCAGUGACCAAUUCGAUCUUAAUUAUGAAAGCGUUCUAGGAUCAAUGCUCAUAGGAAUUGGUUUCUCGCAACUGGAAGAAUUCACUGGAGUGCUAGACAUUCCAUACAUUACGUCGAGCUCGUACCGCAAAAAAGCAAACAAAAUCUAUGACGAUUUGAGUAGUGCUGCCGAAGCGUCAACAAGACUGGUCGCAGAAGCUGAAAUCGAAUUCGCUUUAAAGAACGGUAACGUAGACACGAGUGGAAAUCCAAAAGUUACAGGCAUUGUAGACGCAGCAUGGAGCAAAAGGUCAUAUCGAACUAAUUAUUCGGCAUUAUCGGGGUCAGCGGGGCUCAUCGGGCAUUCCACAGGCAAAGUGCUGUGGCAAGGUGUAGCCAAUAAAUUUUGCUGCGUUUGCAAAUAUAUUUCGACGAAUGGCAAGGAACACUACGAUCAUGAAUGCAACAUCAAUUAUGUGGGUCCGUCUACUGGUAUGGAGCCUAAACUCGUUGUCGAUGGAUUGAAGGAGUGUGAACAGAAAUUUGGCAUUCGGAUUCAUCGGCUAAUUGGUGACGGAGAUUCGAGCGUCAUAUCUGAGGUGUUGAAAAGUAAUAUUUACCAAAAUCCAAGUUUGAAAACAGACAAAAUUGAAUGCAGCAACCAUGUCGAGCAGAAUACUCGAGGACAUUUGCGGAAAUUAGGUGAAAAAAGUCCAUUGAAGCAGUACGUUACACCGGGAAAGAUAGAGAAAAUCAUUAAAGCAAUGCGAUGUGCCAGAAAGCACUGGAACGAACAGGACAUUCCAAUUGAAACGAAAAUCGAAAAUUUACGGAAGGACAUCUACAACGCUCCAUUUCACGUCUUCGGAAGUCACGAAAAAUGUAACUCAUAUUUCUGCAAGAAAAAAGAUUCAAAAGAGCGAAAUUUGUUAACGGUUAUGAAGAAAGAUUCUACUUUCAAUUCGAUUCUUGAGGCCAUGUCACGUGUGAGAUCAAAUGCCCGAAGCUAUUUGUUGAACGAGAACACAAACAUUGCUGAGCAAUUCAACGGUUUGAUAGUCAAAUACACUGGAGGUAAGCGCGUGAAUUUUUCCAAAUCAAAAUCGUUCACGGGCCGAAGCAAAUUAGCUGUUCUCCAACACUGGACGGGCAUAUUCAACUCUGUGCGAACAUAUGUCCAAAACUCCCAGCCCGAUACUUCGAAAAAACUUUCACCUUAG